AUUUUUCUUAUGACUCUAUAUUAUUCAACCUUUCCUGUUAACACUAGAGGAGAUAGUUAUAUGACAAAUUUGAAUGAUUUUAUUAGACAAGAUAGCGAUGAUUAUUAUUUUCAAAAGCAAGAUCUUAAAGAUAUCAACAAGAUAAAAAAGUCAAAUCAAGAACUAAUAUGCGCUCUGAAAAAAGAAAUAGACCCUUUUAGCAAAAGUAUUAUAAAUUAUAUGAAAGAUUUUGGUGACAUAGAGUGUCAAUAUUCAAAGUUUUUAUAUGUUAACUUGGUAAACUCAACAGUUGUUAAUAUUACUGCUUUUGGUGUUUAUCAUUUAUACAAUAAGCAUAUUAUUUAUGAUAAAGAAAAAAAGUUUCAAUUUUCGACUCAGCAAAACUUUAUUAAAACAAACACACUUCUAUUAAAAGGGUAUUCUGGAGCUCUUCGUAAUAAAGCAUCAAAUCGUUGUAUAAUCCCUGUAAAUACAGUGGAAAAUGGAGAAAGUAGUUUGAUAUUUACAACAAAUUGCUCUGCAAUUGAAGCAGUGUUUACAUUUGAAAUGAAUGGAUUGGUUAGGCAUAAAGUAACCAAUAUGUGCAUUGGAGUAAAAAAAGAUCAAAAAAUAGUCAAUAAUGUAAGGUUAGUCAUAACAUCUAAUUGUACUACUUCUUUUGACAUAAUACAUGAAAAUGUAAUCAAAAUUCAAAAUAGUGAAUUUUGCAUUCAUCCAUUAUGGGGUGGUGUGCCAUCUGAAGGCCAAGAGUUAUGCCUUUACAAUAUGUGUGAGAGUAGAAACAACCUAAAGUAUAGCUUUUGGACUUCAGUUGCUGAUAAAAAGACAUCAAAACUUUUACCUUUACAAAGCGAGAUGAAUAUGUUAGAAGUGGUUUUCUUUGAUGAAUCUAGAGCAACUUUUUUUUUACUUUCUAUUCAACCUAAAGAUUUACCAUUACCAAAAUUAUUUUUGCAGCCAAAUAUAUUUAUGAUUACCAUAGAUGAAGCAUCCGCAGCACACUUGCAAAGAAAGUUAAAAUUAAGUUAUAGAUUUAUUUUUGAAGAGAUGAAAUCUAUUUUUUAUAAAGGUUACACACCAAUUUCAAAGCAAACUGAGCAGAAUUUGUUUGCUAUGUUGUCAGGCUCUAUAAAUGGAUCAACAGAAGACUUAUUUUCUAUUGCAAAUAGUCUGCAUUAUGCAACACUUUUUAGUUAUGAUGAUCCUUUUCAAAUUUCAAGUCAUGCACACCAUAGUUCAUUACCUCUGUUUCAUGCACUUAAGCACAAAACAGAUGUUGUCAUGCACGAUUAUUGUAUUGCAACAAUGCCCGCUUUUAAGCCAUCAAUUGACUAUCUUUACUCGUUUAUCGAUGCAUAUCCAAAUAACCCCAAGUUUGCUAGUAUUGUUUUCAGCCUUAUUACACAAUCGAAUUUUAACGCGCUGAGCUAUUUAGAUAGCGCACUUGAAAAGUUGUUAAAAGACUUGAAGAAGUUAAAUAAUACAAUAAUAGUUAUCAAUACAGUUAAAGGAAGUUUAGUUGGAAAAUUAGCAGAGUUACCACAGGGAUUACUUGAAAAUAAAUCACCGUUUUUGAGUAUUUAUUUUUCAGAAGAUAUCCAAGUUAAUUAUAAUAUGGCUCUGAGCAGACAAAAAGAUAUAACAACCCCUUUUGAUUUACAUGUGACACUUAAAUCUUUUUUAUCUACAAAUAAGUAUGAACAUCCUUAUGGAGUUUCGUUGUAUGAAAAUGCAGCUCCCAGAAGUUGUGUCAAAGCAGGAAUUCACAGUUCUAUGUGUCCUUGUAAUUAAGAAACUUUUGUCCUUUGAUUUUAUGUAUAAUUUGCAUAAAAUUUUGUUUGUAUAUAUGUGUGUGUGUAAUUGCUUUGUGACUAAGUUACCUUAUAUGGAAAACUCAUAAAUUUUUGUUAGUAGAAAUGGUGGCUUUUUCAAGACUUUUCGGAAACGUGAGUUUGAGUUUUAACGCCAGCAUCGGUACAUGUGUUUUUUUUAAUUUUUUAAUAUAGUUAAUUUUGUGUAGUUAAGUAUAUAGUUAGACUUUUUGUGUAGUUAAGUAUAUAUAGUUAGGCUUUUUUUUAAUAAACAUCAUUUUGUAGAACAUAAAUUUUAUUUAAAAAAUGGUUCCUACGCAUUUAUUAUCUUUUAAA